AUGGCAAGAAUAUUUGGUGGCAAAGCUGAUCAAGCCAAUACAACAACGGUUGUUGGGACAUAUGGCUAUAUGUCCCCGGAAUAUGCACAUCGUGGAAUAUUCUCCGAGAAAUCCGAUGUAUAUAGCUUUGGCGUCCUAUUACUGGAGAUUGUGAGUGGAAAGAAGAAUUCCAGUUUUUGUGACGAAGAUCAACAAUUCCUUACAGCUUAUGCAUGGAAAUUGUGGAAUGAAGGAAAGCUUACAAAUUUGAUGGAUCCUGCACUGUAUGAUAGUGCAAUUGAAGAUGAUAUAGUGAGAUAUGCAAAUGUAGGACUUUUAUGUGUUCAAGAAAUAGCAGCAGAUAGGCCUAACAUGUCGACUGUGCUGUCGAUGCUUAGCUGUGAGAUCGUAGAGCUUCCUCACCCGAAGCAACCAGCGUUUAAUUGA